GCGCACGUAAAAGCCCGGGCAACGCACGCGCGUGCCCGCGCGAAGGGAGGUUUCUUCGUUCCGCGGUGGGACAAACGAGGGAGGAGGUUAUCAAGCCUUUGUAUAUGUGUUGACCUCUGAAAUCUUGAAGUUCUGAAUUGAGGACAGUCAAAGCAGCAAUCUUCAACAGAGAAUGGACUGUUUGGGUUCCUUUAGCAAUGAUCCCUCUGAUAAGCCACCCUGCAGAGGCUGCUCCUCCUACCUCAUGGAGCCUUAUAUUAAGUGUGCUGAAUGUGGGCCACCUCCAUUUUUCCUCUGUUUGCAGUGUUUUACUCGAGGAUUUGAAUACAAGAAACAUCAAAGUGAUCAUACUUACGAAAUAAUGACCUCUGACUUUCCUGUUCUUGACCCCAGCUGGACUGCUCAAGAAGAAAUGGCCCUUUUAGAAGCUGUGAUGGACUGUGGCUUUGGAAAUUGGCAGGAUGUAGCUAAUCAGAUGUGCACCAAGACCAAGGAAGAAUGUGAGAAGCACUACAUGAAGCAUUUCAUCAAUAAUCCUUUGUUUGCAUCUACCCUGCUAAACCUGAAACAAGCAGAGGAGGCCAAAACUGCUGACACAGCCAUUCCAUUUCAUUCUACAGAUGAUCCUCCACGGCCUACUUUUGACUCCUUGCUUUCUCGGGACAUGGCAGGAUACAUGCCAGCUCGAGCAGAUUUCAUUGAGGAGUUUGACAAUUAUGCAGAAUGGGACUUGAGAGACAUUGAUUUUGUUGAAGAUGACUCAGACAUUUUACAUGCUCUGAAGAUGGCUGUGGUAGAUAUCUAUCAUUCCAGGCUAAAGGAAAGACAAAGACGAAAGAAAAUUAUAAGAGAUCAUGGAUUAAUCAACCUUAGGAAGUUUCAGUUAAUGGAACGUCGGUAUCCCAAGGAGGUCCAAGAUCUUUAUGAAACGAUGAGACGUUUUGCAAGGAUUGUGGGACCAGUGGAACAUGAUAAGUUCAUUGAAAGCCAUGCACUAGAAUUUGAACUCCGAAGGGAAAUCAAGAGGCUCCAGGAAUAUAGGAUAGCAGGCAUCACCAAUUUUUGUAGUGCCAGGACAUAUGAUCACCUAAAGAAGACGAGGGAGGAAGAGCGCCUUAAACGCACCAUGCUCUCCGAAGUUCUCCAGUAUAUCCAGGACAGUAGUGCAUGCCAGCAGUGGCUCCGCCGGCAAGCUGACAUUGAUUCUGGGCUGAGUCCUUCCAUUCCAAUGGCUUCGAAUUCAGGUAGACGGAGUGCACCACCCUUGAACCUCACUGGCCUCCCUGGUACAGAGAAACUGAAUGAAAAGGAAAAGGAGCUCUGUCAGAUGGUGAGAUUGGUCCCUGGAGCGUAUUUAGAAUACAAAUCUGCUCUAUUGAAUGAAUGUAACAAGCAAGGAGGCUUGAGGCUGGCACAAGCAAGAGCUCUCAUCAAGAUAGACGUGAACAAAACGCGGAAAAUCUAUGAUUUCCUCAUCCGAGAAGGAUACAUCACGAAAGCCUGAAUCUUUAUAGGCUUGGGAACACAAGUCAAAAGUGUGGAAUGUUGUGGGCUGAAUGACGGAUAAGCAUUCUGAAGAGUUUUGUUUUUGAGCAGAAUUCUUAUUGUAAAGAGAGGGACAAAGAAAACCUUAAGUUGCAUUAAUGUCUGCUUUCUUCUCUACCCUGCUUUAAGAAACUCCUGUUGUUGGUAUUGUGCUUCAGAGUAUGUGCUACAGAAGCUAUUAUUAAAUGCGAGUGGGCAUUCAUUCCUAACACCUCUUGUAACUAAAACAAGAACCAUAGUACCUUACAUCACAGUGUUGGUAGAAAUAGAACCAAACUAAACCACAGUGUUCAUUCCCAGAAAUCCAGUUCAGACCCUGUACUUGAGAGCUUAAGUUUGCUGAUCAUGUGUUUUACCUUCAGACAUGGCAGACACAAUUAAAAUGAAUUGUUUAAGAUCAUGAGAAAGCUUUCUUUUCUUGUGAUUUUUAAAGCUGACACCCUAUAAUUAUGAGCAAAUAGGAUGAAAACCUCCCCAUGAUGAUCUUGUCCCCAGCUGCCUUUGUAACUUUAAUGUCUGACUUUCAUACUUUGCAGUCUGGCUGUCUGAUCUAUACUAGACUUUUGAGGAGGUGGUACAGGAAAUAAAAUGUCUCUGUUAUUUUUAGAGUUAAUGGAUUAAAAUGUUUUGCUAUUUAAUUUA